ACAAUAGUGUAAGUUGUAUAACACACAAAAUAAAACAUUUUCAUUACUCAUCCUUUACGAAUUUUUUUCUCAACAUUCACUAAUUAAGCAAAGCUCAAAGCUCUGCAACAAUGGCGCAUCCACUUUCCUUCUCACAAUCCCCAUUUCCACUUCCUUCUUCCUCUUCGAAAUUCCUCCGCCACAGCACCACCACUUUCUCAAUCAAACCCACACCCAUUUUGCCCCAUCUCAAAACACCCAAAAUUUUCACUUCAGUUUCCAAAAAACCCAAUUCCUUCACUAUCCGAAGAGCCGCUCAAGAAUCGAACUCAAACAACUCCUCAUCAGAAACCGAGCAAAACCCACUACCGGAAACUGAAACAGAAGCCGGAGAUCAAGGCGCCGGCGGGGAUGAGGUGUUGUCGGAUGUGGGGUCGGAGAUAAAGAAGCUGAUGAAGGAUAGAGAACAGAAAGAGCCGGAUUUUUGGAGUGGUGUGGCGGAGGAGAUAAGGGAAAUUGAAUGGCCAGCUUUUGGUAAGGUGUUGAGUACUACUGGGGUUGUAAUUGGGGUCAUUGCUGGGUCCAGUGUCGUUUUGCUAACUGUUAAUGCCGUUUUGGCUGAACUUUCCGAUCGAGUUUUCGCCGGAAAAGGUGUACAAGAUUUCUUUGGUUAAUUAUGAAGAUAAGGGUUCUUUCAGUUUAUUUAUUUUUCAGUGUUUUUUUCCUUUUUUUAAAAAAAAAUAAUUUUAAACAAUUUUUCCCUUUUGUUGUUACAAAUUUGGAUUGAGAAUACUGGAAUAUAUGAAAAGCUGAAAAAA